AUGGAGCCCAACAAAGCCAUCAACUCGGUGGCUAUUCAUCUCGAGGAACGCUAUGGCGGCGCAGUCGACCACGAUCAAGAGAUCCAGAAGCCCAUCGUUCUGGACGAGGUUCACGGCGAUGAGGCCGUUAAGGUGAUCGUUUCGUACAGCGGAGGUGAAGAAUGGACCGCUGAAGAAGAGAACCAACUGGCGAUCUUUGGCAUGAGAGACGACCUCAAUCUGACCGUCGGCAAUCGUUACUCCUUCUCGGCCUCGAUCUUCUAUCUGGGCUUCAUUUGCGGUGCCUACCCCGCUGUGGUCCUGUCCCAGCGCUUCCGCAUCCAGCACGUGGCCGGCAUCAUUCUGUGUAUCUGGGGUGCCGUGUUGAUGUGCGCCGCCGCGUGCAAGACGUUCCAAGGCAUCUACGUUCAGCGGUUCUUUCUCGGUUUCCUCGAGGCCGGCAUCGCGCCUAUAUUCAUGCUCGUUGUGGGUAGUUGGUAUAAGAAGAAUGAGCAGGCUUUCAGGAUGGGGAUAUGGUACUGCUGCACCGGGUACAUCUCCAUUUUCUCCCCGCUGGUUAAUUACGGCCUUGGACACAUCACCGGUGGCACUUUGGCACCGUGGCAAUACAUGUUUCUUUUCGCGGGCGCCCUGACAGUUCUCUGGUCGUUCGUCAUUUUUUAUAAAUUGCCUGGAGAUCCCAUAACCGCCAAAGGGUUUACUGAACGCGAACGAUACAUCGCCGUGGCCCGCGUCCGAUCCAACAACACUGGCGUGCGCAACGUCCACUUCAAACCCGGCCAGGUCCUGGAGGGCCUCCUCGACGCCAAGUUCUGGCUAAUUUUCGCUAUGGCGUUUCUCAUGAUGAUAGCGAACGGGCCCCAGUCGACUUAUCAGGCCAUCAUCGUGGCCGGUUUUGGAUUCAGCUCACUCAACUCCCUCCUCCUUCUCAUGCCAUUCGGCUUUAUAAUCGGGAGCAUCGAACUUGGCGCACCUUACUUGGCGUACAAAAUCCCAAACAUUCGAACCUACCUCAUCGUCCUCUACGUCCUCUCCAUGACGCUGUCGAUCGCCAACACGGCGGGCUACACCAAGCGCUCCUUCGUCUCGGCCGCCAUGUUCAUCGGCUACUGCCUCGGAAACGUGAUCGGGCCGAUCCUGUUCAAGUCCAAAGACGCACCGAGAUACGUCCCGGCCUGGGUCGUGGUCGUGGUGACGUCCAGUCUCGCCGCCUGCUUGACCAUAGUCUAUCGAUUCUUGUGCAUCUAG